AUGACUAGAUAUACCUCUAUAGGAUUGGCUCGAAAGACCUUCGUACCCUCUACGGCGGAGGAGACGAGUCUGCCACCCUUGUCAACUCGCCCCCAGCAGUCUGCCAGUGAUCAUGACACAUCGACGGGACGAAAACGCAAGUCAAGAGUGGAUGAUGGGAAUGAAGUGGCCCAGACAACUUCGGAGUUAGCUCCAAAGGCUGGAGGAUGGGGUCGAGAUCCAGAGAUAGCUAGAAAAGCAAAGUUCGCUCAAGAGAGGAACGUAGCUCGCCGAGAACAACGAACCACCGAUAGACUGGCUCAAACGACAUGUUUUGCCUGCAGAGGUAACGGACAUACAGCUCGGGAAUGUCCCGUGAUACUUCAGGGUACAGCCGCCAUGCUGGAGGGCAUUCCAUUGUCGUCGACGUCCAGCCUCGAUAAGGUGGACGACUCAAAUGACUUUACUAAAGGGAGAAAGACCGGAAAAGAAGCACAGGGGAAGAAAGGCAAGAAGGGGGGCGAAAUUACUUCGGGAAGAUGUUAUCGCUGCAACUCGACCAAACAUUCUCUCUCUGCGUGCAGAGAAGAAGCAGACCCCGACAAUCCCACUCCUUAUGCCACAUGUUAUGUCUGUCUGCAACAAGGACAUCUCUCCUCACAAUGCCCCGACAAUCCCAAGGGUGUAUAUAUCAAGGGCGGAGCUUGCAAGGUAUGCAAGAGCGUCAAGCAUCGUGCUAAGGAUUGUCCAGAGGAAAAGGCUAGGCGGGAGGCUCAGAGCGAGAAUAUCACAUCUGUUGUCGAGGUCAAGGGGAAGAGAGAAGUCGGAGCGGACGAGGACGACUUCAUUGUCGAAGCCAGUGUCAUGUCUCGGCUGGGAGAGAAGGCGAAGAGGAGGAAGAUGGAGAAGAAACUGCCGGCGAAGAAUGGGGAGAGGAUACCGAAGCCUCCUGGAAUCAGUGAAGAGAGUGACAGUAGAACGGUGCCUGUCGAGAUGGUACAGACAGAAGUAAUGGGAGCAAGACAGGAGACAAUGAGGAAGAAGCCGAAGGUGGUGUCGUUCUGA